GUCGUUUUGAUGGUGAAGCCACUUUAUACAUAAUUCGGUUAGUUGUUGGAUUUUCGCAGAAGGAGCAACAUGUCUCCUCUACUCAUUAUUGUUACCGCGCUAUUAAUUUUAUAUGCAUGCUAUAAUUUUGUUACUUUGAAGCCUGGAAAGGCACCACCAGGACCAGGACGACUCCCGUUGUGGGGCUCCUAUUGGUUUUUACUGUGGGGAGAUUACCGAUUUCCUCAUAAUACAAUCACGUACUACGUUAAGAAAUACAAAUCGAAGAUAAUCAGUCUGUGGAUGGGAAAUUACUAUACAAUAGUCGUCAAUGAUUACGAAAGUGUGAAAGAAGUGCUCACCAGAAAAGAGUUUGAUGGCAGAGACACGACUAGUUUUAUGGGAUUGGCAAGAUCCUGGGGGAAAACAUUGGGUAUUUUCUUCAAUGAUAGCGAGGAAUGGCAGGAGCAGAGACGAUUUGCUCUUCGUAAUAUGAGGGAUUUCGGAUUUGGAAGGCGACACGAGGAACUGGAAAAUCUCUUCCAGGAGGAAUUACGGAUCUUGGUCGAUACCAUAAAGAAUGGUCCGAUUAAUGAAUCUGAGAAGGGAGUUGUGAACGGGGAUUUGGUGUACUUUCCAAAUAUUCUGUAUCCGGCAUGUUCCAAUCUCAUUUGGUCAGUCAUGACAGGCGAGAAUUUUGGUCGAGAGCAUCACGACGAAUUGAGAGAAUUAUGCAUAUCGGCCUCGAUGUUCCAAAAAGGAGGUGAAACCUCAAUUGGAGCUCUUGCGAUGACUCCCUGGUUGAGCUACUUUGGAAAUAUGUUUGGCUUCCGAGACUGGGUCGACGGUCACCAGGGAAUGAUCCGGUUUAUCAAACGAUAUAUCGAUGAAAGAAGCGAAGCUGCUUUGGCUAAUAAACCGAUCGAGGGAUUCAUUCCGGAAUAUUUGAAGGGACUCAAGGAGGGCAACCUUUCUGAGGAUUAUUCCGAGAAACAGUUGAUCAUGGUUGUCGUUGAUUUCAUGUUCCCAGCUCUGUCAGCUGUACCAAGUGUUAUUGUUCAUGGUUACAAAUACAUGAUGCAUUAUCCUGAAGUUAUGAAGAAGGCACAGGAAGAGCUCGAUCACGUUGUUGGGAGGGAACGGUUUCCAGGAUGGAAUGACAGGAAAAAUCUCCCAUACACGGAAGCGGUUAUUCGUGAAGUAAUGAGAAAAGAAACGCUGACACCGAUGAGCGUUGCUCACAGGUGCACAGAGAACACGACUUUCCGAGGAUACGACAUCCCACUCAACACUGUAAUGAUAACCAACUUGUCAGAAAUGCACAACGACUCUGAUCUCUGGGGGGAUCCUGAAAAUUUUAGACCCGAAAGGUUUCUCGAUAAGAACGGACAGCCCGUCAAGGAUUUCACACUUCCUUUUGGAUUUGGUCGACGUGUUUGUGGGGGUGAAACGUUCGCAAGGUUCAUGAUAUUUGAACUAUUCGCAACAAUGAUACAACAGUUUGAUUUUUCAUUCGUCGAGGGACAACCAACGAACAUAGAAGACAAGUAUCCGGGGCUCAUUGUACAGCCGACAAGGACAUGGAUCAGACUCACUUCUCGAAACUGAUUCUAAACUCAUUUUUUUAUAUUAUAUUUUAUCAGAGAUUCCCAUAUUGAUUGUAUAUCUGUACUAUUGAAUUAUCAAGUAUUAUCCAAUUAAAAGCAUAACUUACACUGAA